CAUGCUCCAGCCUGGCACCACAUGCUCAGGAGCAUCCCCAGGGGCAGGAACCAGGCAGGAGUCGCCCUGUGACUCUCUGCAAAGCCACACCUGCGGCAGGUGAGGAGGGUCAGGGGAGCCACGUGACGAGCCCUGUGGUGGGGUUUUUAGAGGCGGCUGUGUGUCCCUGGAGGAGUGUCUCCCACACCUCCCAGGAGGCAGAACCACAGCAGCACCUCUCCUGUUCCCCCUCGCCGCUGCCAUGUCCAGAGUAGCCGUGGGGAAAGGCACAGAGCCAGAGCCAGACAGCUCAGAGGAGGAGCUGGAAGCGGGGGGCACACCCCAGGCAUGCUGUGGGCAGAGUCUCUGGGUCCCCCAGGGCAGGGAAGCAGCGGCCUGCCUGGGGGACACUGAAGGGAUGAAGGUGAGGAAGAGGAGCAGGCCGGUGCGCUCCAAGGCCAGGAGGAUGGCUGCCAACGUCAGAGAGCGUAAGAGGAUUCUGGACUACAACCAAGCCUUCAACGCCCUGCGCCUGGCCCUCAAGCAUGACCUCGGUGGCAAAAGGCUUUCUAAAAUCGCCACCCUCCGGCGAGCCAUCAACAGGAUCGCGGCUCUGUCCCUGUCCCUGCACGGCGCCGGGUGCUGCUGGCCCUGUGCCCACUCCGAGUGCCACGGCCGGGCUGGGGUCCCUGCGCAGGAGCCAGGGGGGAAGGGCAGCCGCCCCCAGCUUCCCUGGGGGCCCGGUUCUGCAGGCACACGCUGCCCUCCGUCUCCUCUCUGUGCUGAGUUUUCCCCUCAGAGGCAGCUCCAUCACUACGAGAGCCCGAAGGAGGAUCACUCCAUGCCCAGCCCUGCCUGUUGCUCCAGCGGGAUCUCCCACCCUGCGCUCCGGGGCACCUGCCAGCAGCGAUACAUGGGCAGCCUGCAGGACCCCCUGGCCGGGGCAGUCCCCUGGCAGCUGGGCUAUUGCCAGAGCUGGGGACACCAGCAGUGCCUCCCCAUCCACUGACCUGCGGGGCUGGGGUGGCAAGAUGGUGCCAGGAAGGUAAUGGAUC